GCAGAAGAGAGAGAGAGAGGAUAGCAAAGGCACACUGUAGCUAGCGCGCACGUUAACCAACGCCCUUCCCACCGGCUUACGUUAGCAAAUACCAAUGCACAACUCCACCUAUGUCCCCGCUUCCUCUCUUCUUCUCCUUAUCUCUCUCCCCUGUCACACCCCCCCCUCUCUCUCUAGGGUUAGGGUUCACUUCACAUCCGCUCCACAUCCUUCUACUCCCGCCCCCACCUUAAAAGCUUCUCCUUUGCACAAUUUUCUCCCCCAAUGCCCAUCGUAGAAUUCUGGUUUUAUCGUUAUAUUGCCAGCAACAGAGCUUAUGGACUCCAAGCGGAAGUACUCUUAUGCAAAUCUCUUCAAUCUUGAGCCUUUGAUGAACUUUCAACUGCCGAAACAAGAUGAAGAUUUUGAUUAUUAUGGAAAUAGUAGUCAGGAUGAGAGCAGAGGUAGCCAAGGGGGAGUGAUUGGGGAGCAUAUGAAUGGAAAAAUGUCAGAGAGGGGAUUGAAGAAGAAAAGACGGAGUACUUAUAGCAGUGACGAGGAAGAAACUGGUCGUUAUAGUCCAUAUAUUUCAGAGGAGAGAUAUCGAGCAAUGCUUGGAGAUCAUAUCCAGAAGUACAAGAGGAGGGUUAAUUAUUCUUCCCAGAGUCCUGCUUCAGCAAGAACUGGAUCUGCGACAAUGAAAAAUAGUGCGGGUCUGAAAGAGCAGAAAGCAACGGCUGAUAACAGGGGAGGAUUUCACAAGUUUGAAUCAACUUCAGAUUUUCUCAACGGUAGUAAUUCCCAAAAAUUGGGAAGUUAUCCAGAAUCAGAUUUUGGCCUGCAAUAUGCUACUGCCAGACCAAAUCUUGAACCUGCCUUUCUGGAUAUUGGGGAUGGCAUCACGUAUAGGAUCCCUCUUCCAUAUGAAAAGCUGUCAUCAUCCCUGAAUUUACCAAGUAUGUCAGAUAUCCGAGUAGAGGAAUUUUACCUGAAGGGCACCCUUGACUUGGGGUCAUUGGCUACAAUGAUGGCUUCUGAUAACAGGUUUCAGCAGAGAAGCAGGGCUGGAAUGGGUGACCUGAAGCCCCAGUAUGAUUCUCUUCAGGCAAAACUGAAAGCCCAGCAUACCAAUAACCCUUCUGAGAACUUCUGCCUAAAAAUAAGUGAAGCUGCAUUGCGAUCCAAUGGCAUCCCAGAGGGGGCAGCCGGAGGGAUUAGGCGAUCUAUUUUGUCUGAAGGUGGUAUUUUGCAGGUUUAUUAUGUGAAAGUUUUGGAGAAAGGGGAUACAUAUGAGAUUAUUGAACGGAGUUUGCCUAAAAAGCCGAAGGUGCAGAAAGACCCCUCUGUAAUUGAGAGGGAAGAAAUGGAAAAGAUUAGUAAAUAUUGGAUUAGUAUAGCAAGGAAAGAAAUUCCAAAACAUCAAAAGAUUUUUACCAACUUCCACAAAAGGCAAUUAACUGAUGCAAAGAGAAUAUCAGAAACCUGUCAAAGAGAGGUGAAAAUGAAGGUUAGCAGAUCCCUGAAAUUGAUGAGGGGUGCUGCAAUCCGGACAAGGAAAUUGGCUAGAGAUAUGCUAGUAUUUUGGAAGAGAGUUGACAAGGAGAUGGCGGAAGUGAGGAAAAGAGAGGAAAAGGAAGCUGCAGAAGCUCUGAAGCGAGAACAGGAACUCCGUGAAGCAAAGAGGCAACAGCAAAGGCUUAAUUUUCUGCUGUCACAGACAGAACUUUACAGUCACUUCAUGCAGAAUAAGACCUCACAAGCCUCUGAAGCAUUAACAGUGGGUGAAGAAAAAGCCAAUGACCAAGAAAUGCUUUUGAGCUCUUCAGAAGCUCGGCUGGAGGAGGAAGAGGAUCUUGAAGAUGCUGAACUGAGAAAGGAAGCUCUAAGAGCAGCCCAGGAUGCAGUUUCAAAGCAGAAAAGGAUGACAAGUGCGUUUGAUAGUGAAUGCUUGAAGUUCCGCCUAGCUGUAGACUCUGAGGCCCCUCUUCAAGAUCCCUCAGUAACUGAGUCUAGCAACAUCGAUUUACUGCAUCCAUCAACCAUGCCUGUGGCGUCAACAGUGCAGACACCCGAGUUAUUCAAGGGUUCCCUAAAAGAAUAUCAGCUGAAAGGCCUUCAGUGGCUUGUAAAUUGUUAUGAGCAGGGCUUAAAUGGUAUUCUUGCUGAUGAGAUGGGGCUGGGAAAGACCAUCCAAGCCAUGGCAUUCUUGGCUCAUUUGGCUGAGGAGAAAAAUAUAUGGGGACCUUUUCUGGUUGUUGCUCCUGCAUCUGUCUUGAAUAACUGGGCCGAUGAAAUUAGUCGUUUCUGCCCCGACUUGAAGACUCUUCCGUAUUGGGGUGGUCUCCAGGAGCGUACAGUACUUAGGAAGAACAUUAACCCAAAGCGUCUUUAUCGAAGGGAGGCUGGAUUUCACAUUCUCAUUACCAGUUACCAGCUGCUAGUUUCUGAUGAGAAGUACUUCCGCCGUGUAAAAUGGCAAUACAUGGUGUUGGAUGAAGCCCAGGCAAUUAAAAGUUCAAACAGUAUAAGAUGGAAAACACUGCUCAGUUUCAAUUGUCGAAACCGCUUGCUUCUGACUGGUACUCCAAUUCAAAAUAACAUGGCUGAACUUUGGGCCCUCCUUCAUUUUAUUAUGCCAACUUUGUUUGAUAGCCAUGAACAAUUCAACGAGUGGUUUUCAAAAGGAAUUGAGAGUCAUGCAGAGCAUGGAGGGACAUUAAAUGAGCACCAGCUUAAUCGAUUGCAUGCAAUUUUGAAACCUUUCAUGCUGCGGCGGGUUAAGAAGGAUGUGAUCUCUGAGCUGACAGGGAAAACUGAGAUUACAGUUCACUGUAAACUUAGUUCGCGCCAGCAAGCUUUUUAUCAAGCUAUAAAGAACAAGAUAUCCCUUGCUGAGUUGUUUGAUGGAAACCGUGGACAUCUUAAUGAGAAGAAAAUUCUAAAUCUGAUGAACAUUGUCAUCCAGUUGAGGAAGGUAUGCAAUCAUCCAGAACUAUUUGAGAGAAAUGAAGGAAGCACAUAUUUCCAUUUUGGAGAGAUUCCAAAUACUCUUCUCCCUCCUCCUUUUGGCGAAUUGGAAGACAUUUUCUACUCUGCUGGUAGAAAUCCUAUUGUAUAUGAGAUACCAAAAUUGGUAUACCAAGAAGUUGCUGAUGGUUCCAAGCUUCAUUAUUCAGAAGCUCACCAAAGAUUAAGCAGACAAUCCGUUGAGAAGCUAUUUAACAUAUUUUCUCCACAAAAUGUUUAUAACUCCACACUCCAACAAGACCACAUUUUGGAUGGUAAUUGUGGGCGAAGUGGAGCAUUUGGAUUCUCCCGUCUUAUAGAUUUAUCACCAGCAGAAGUGUCAUUCUUGGCAACUUGUUCUCUUAUGGAGAGGUUGUUGUUCUCGGUUAUGAGAUCUGAUUGCCAAUUUCUGGAUGGAAUAUUGGACCUGAUGAUGGACAGCGAAUAUGAUGAUAUCAACUGUGUACAUAUUGGCAAGGAGAAAGUAAAAGCAGUUACACGAAUGUUGCUUCUGCCCAGUAAGUCGGAGACAAGCUUACUUAGAAGAAGGCUUGCAACAGGUCCUGUGGAUGCACCAUACGAGGCUCUAAUCAUGCCUUAUCAGGAUAGGCUUCUAACUGAUAUCAAGCUCUUGCAUUCAGUAUACUCUUUCAUCCCAAGAGCUAGAGCACCGCCUAUAAAUGCCCAUUGUUCAGACAGAAACUUUGCAUACAAGAUGACUGAAGAGUGGCAUCACCCCUGGCUCAAGAGAUUGUUGGUUGGAUUUGCACGUACGUCUGAUUGUAAUGGACCUAGGAAGCCAGGUGGUCCUCACCCAUUAAUCCAAGAGAUUGAUGCUGAAUUACCAGUUUUACAACCGGCUCUUCAGCUUACGUAUAAGAUCUUUGGAUCUUGUCCACCCAUGCAACCAUUUGACCCUGCAAAGAUGCUCACGGACUCUGGAAAGCUUCAGACACUUGAUAUACUGCUAAAGCGUCUGCGUGCAGAAAAUCACCGUGUUCUUCUUUUUGCACAAAUGACGAAAAUGCUGAAUAUCCUUGAGGAUUAUAUGAACUAUAGGAAAUACCGCUACUUGAGGCUCGAUGGGUCAUCCACAAUAAUGGAUCGUCGAGACAUGGUGAAAGAUUUCCAGCACCGGAGUGAUAUCUUUGUGUUCUUGCUGAGCACAAGAGCUGGUGGCCUUGGGAUCAACUUGACUGCUGCUGACACUGUCAUAUUCUACGAAAGUGAUUGGAACCCAACUUUGGAUUUACAGGCAAUGGAUAGAGCUCAUCGUCUGGGCCAAACUAAGGAUGUAACUGUCUACCGAUUAAUAUGUAAAGAGACAGUUGAGGAAAAAAUUUUGCAGAGAGCCAGUCAGAAAAACACUGUGCAGCAGCUUGUCAUGACAGGUGGUCAUGUUCAGGGUGACCUUUUGGCUCCUGAAGACGUUGUAUCAUUAUUGAUUGACGAUGCUCAGUUAGAGCAGAAACUAAAAGAGGUUUCACAACAGGCAAAAGAUCGACAGAAGAAGAAAAGUGGUACAAAGGGCAUACGGAUUGAUGCAGAAGGAGGUGCAUCUUUGGAGGAUCUCACAAACCCUGAAUUGCAGGAUAAUGAAUCUGAGCCUCCUGAUCCUGAUAAAGCCAAGUCAAGCAACAAGAAGAGGAAAGCUGCAAGCGAAAAGCAAACUCAGCCAAAGCCAAGGCCUCAAAAGAGUUCGAAACAGGUGGACUCAUCAUCUCCAAGCCCAACGACAAUUGACUUUGAGCUCGAUGAUCCCCCACAGACCAAUGAUGCUCCACAGCAAAGACCAAAGAGGUUGAAGAGACCAACAAAGAGUGUAAAUGAGAACAUUGAACCUGCAUUCACUGCCACCACUAACGUAUUUCAAUACCAGAACUCGGAACAUUAGCUUACUCAAGAAGUCGCAAGGCUUUAACGAUGUACACUUGAUCAACUGUGUUCUGCCAAUGUAUUGAGCAAAUGUCUGAACUUGUGGUGUCUUGGAACUGAGGUUGCUCUGGCAGGAUCAAGAAAUGCGGGUAAACUUAUAACCUUGUAUAGUAGUGUUGUACAGAUAAUUUUGUUAGGAGACAUUGCUGCCUGAUUCUAUGCUUACUGUACGAGAAGUAUAGUUGGAAUGUAUAGCAGGAUAAUAAUUCCUGAUUGUUAAAUCAUUUUUUUGGUGAACUCUCAUAAACUAGAAAGGAAAUAUUUUAAUCAGAUCAAAGCUUGUUGAGUGAAGAGGAAAUUAUUGCUGAA